AUGCCUGCAAUUCGCGCUCUCAAUCCGUUCGCCUCGCCUGUCGCGACCACCGACACUGUUCUGUCCGAAAAGGAACCCAUACGCAUGAUUGAAACCGCCCAUUCACCACAAUCAAAUCGACGGUUCUCGCGUCCGCGCUUCAAUCUCCCGUUCUCCAACACAUCACCCAAGAACGUCAAAGUAGCACCUGCGUUGGAGCAGACGAGAUUAGAAGCGCCUCAGUUCCAGUCCUUCCGACCACCGAGCCCGCAAAUAUCCACUCUCAGCCUGCCCACGAUCAACCUCACGACUGCGACUGGCGAGAAGAGCAAGAUGGAAGACCUUCCCAAGCCAUUGACGCUGUUCUCCCCGCCUUCRCCAGCAGAGGCACGACGGAUURCGAAGCAACACGCAGCGUUCGGCCCGCUUGGAUCCAAACAGCACCUGUACUCGUCAAGAUUUGUCGGGACCGAGUUCCCCGAGCCGAUUGAGGAUGAGCCACCGUACUACUAUCUCAUCACCACGUACAUCUCCUACCUCAUCCUCAUCAUCUUCGGACACGUUCGCGAUUUCUUCGGAAAGAGAUUCAAGCCAGAUCACUACAAGCAGCUGCGGGAAUGCGACGGCUACGCACCACUCAACUCCGACUUUGACAACUUCUACAUCCGACGCCUGCAAUUGCGAAUCAACGACUGCUUCAGACGGCCAGUCACGGGCGUUCCCGGCCGAUUCAUCACCCUCCUCGAUCGGGCGAGUGACGACUUCAACCUCUCCUUCAAGCUGACUGGAACGACCACGCAAACACUCAACAUGUCAUCAUACAACUAUCUGGGCUUCGCACAAUCCGAAGGCGAGUGUGCAGACGCUGCUGAGCAGAGUUUGAGAAAGUAUGGAAUCUCAUUCUGCUCACCCAGAGGUGAUGUCGGAACAUCUGAGCUGCACGUCGAUGUAGAACGACAGGUCGCAGAGUUCGUUGGCAAGCCCGCGGCGACCAUCUACUCGAUGGGAUUCGUCACCAACGCCACCAUCUUCCCUGCACUUGUCGGCAAGGGAUGUUUGAUGAUUUCCGAUCAACUCAACCACGCAUCGAUCCGGUUUGGAGCAAGACUCAGCGGUGCUGUUAUUGACAUGUUCAAGCACAACGACAUGGCCGAUCUCGAGCGUCUUCUUCGGGAGAGAAUAUCACAGGGUCAGCCCAGAACACACCGCCCGUGGAGAAAGAUCCUCGUGGCUGUCGAAGGCCUAUACAGUAUGGAGGGCACCUUUUGCAACCUGCCCAGUCUUGUGGCAUUGAAGAAGAAGUACAAGUUUGCGCUAUAUGUCGACGAGGCACAUUCAGUCGGUGCACUGGGUCCACGCGGUCGCGGUGUCUGUGACUACUUCGGAGUCGAUCCCGCCGACGUUGAUAUCCUAAUGGGAACGUUCACCAAGAGCUUCGGUGCCAAUGGAGGCUACAUCUCCGGCAGCAAGGCCCUCAUUGACAAGAUUCGCGUCAACAAUGCCGGAACCCUUUACGGAGAGUGCCCAACUCCAGCCGUGUUGAGCCAGAUCAGCACCAGUUUGAGAAUCAUCUCCGGCGACUUGGCACCUGGCCAGGGUGAAGAGCGUCUGCAACGUCUUGGAUUCAACAGCCGAUAUCUUCGCCUCGGAUUGAAGCGAUUGGGUUUCAUCAUUUACGGACAUGAUGACAGUCCAAUCAUCCCACUCCUCCUCUACCACCCAGCCAAGAUUCCUGCCUUUUCGCAUGAAAUGCUGAAGCGGAAGAUUGCGGUCGUUGUCGUCGGAUACCCCGCCACUCCUCUCAUCUCAUCACGAGCACGCUUCUGUGUGAGUGCAGCACAUACCAAGGACGAUCUUGACAGAUUACUCGCAGCAGUCGACCAGGCUGGUGAAGUUCUCCAAUUGAAGUUCAGCUCCGGAAUUGCGGGCGGACAGGAGCCAAUGCAUGAGGGUCUCACAAAUGAGAAGGAAAUGGACAUUCGCUCAUGUCUGGAAUCUGGCGAGAACCCAGCACUUACACCACCACGGUGGAAGCUGGAAGACGUCAUCAAGCGCGGUGUGCAGGAUGUGAAGAAGCCGCUCGUAUGA